AUGAGCAUUAAAGCUGCAGUUGGCCUAGCAACGGCCACAUGUGCUUGCUUCGUCGUUAUUUCACUUGUAGCUGUAUGUGUCAUCUUCAACGAUAUAAAUAAUCUCUAUGAUAAUGUAAUGGAUGAAAUGGGAGAAUUCAAGAUGGUCGUCGAUGACACUUGGGAGAAGAUUGUUAUGUUGCAUAUGGAGCCAACAGGAGGUAUCCAGAAACGAGAGACUUUUGCCAGUUUCUUCGGAAGACUAAAACGGCAGGUCUUCCCCGAACAUUGCAUGUGUGUGGCGCCACCAAAUCUAUGUCCGAAAGGUCCUCCUGGACCACAAGGUGAUCCGGGUGAACCAGGAAGAGAUGGAUCUCCCGGAGAUGACGGAAGGGCUGGUGUUAAUGGGGUUGCAUUAUUGGCUACUUAUCACAUACCAGGUGGUUGUAUAGAAUGCCCAAGUGGGCCUCCUGGACCUCCAGGUCCUCCAGGGCCAGAAGGAGAUUAUGGUAGAACUGGACGCCAAGGUCCUAGGGGACAACCUGGCAAAAAUGGAGCACCGGGACUGAUCGGUCCCAUGGGAGAACCAGGCCAACAAGGACUUCAAGGGCGACCUGGCCAACCAGGUCCUCCAGGAAAAGAUGGUCAACGUGGCCACGGACAUCCUGGACCCAAAGGACAGCCCGGACCUCGUGGACCACCAGGCGCACCAGGAACUGAUGGAGCAAAAGGCGAAGACGGACCACCAGGUGAACAAGGUCCCGAAGGCCGCCCAGGAAGAGAUGGUCGACCAGGAAAAGAUGGACGUCCUGGACAGCAAGGUGCAACCGGUGUGCCAGGUCCAGAUGCUCAUUAUUGUCCUUGUCCAGAUCGAAGCACUGCAUAUGUCAAACAAACGAAACAUAAGCAGAAAAAACAUUAA